AUUGUGUUAGAGUGUGCGUGCCGGCGUUUGGAUUUAUACUCAUCUCUAAGUUACUAUGACGACCCUGGCUCAAUCCUGUCACCUCUCACUGGCCUUCCUGUUUGUUGUUAAACUGACAGGUGCGUACGGGAACAGAAUCAUUGGAGGUCUAGAGGUAAGCCCUUACUCCAUCAAGUAUCAAGCCUCCCUCUUGUACAGCAACUCCCACUUCUGUGGAGGCACCCUCGUCCACCCGCAAUGGGUGGUGUCUGCUGCCCACUGCUGGAGGCCGAGUUACACAAUUAAAGUGGUCCUUAGUCAGCACAACCUCACCCAGUGGAAUGGAUUGGAGCAGAUAUUCAAUGUCUCAGUCAUCAUUAAACACCCACAGUACAGUUACUGGCUGCUUGACAAUGAUAUCAUGUUGCUUAAGCUGGACCGUCCAGCUCAGAUCAAUACCAUGGUCCAGCCUGUCUCUUUGCCAGACACUGACUCGCCACCAUUGAAAAACCUGAAUCUUUGCACAGUUAGUGGCUGGGGUGUGACCUGGGCGUACAGUCAAAGUCUAUCACCUGAACUGAAGUCUGUGGAGGUGGAAUUCUUCUCCAGCUGCUGGAAUUACUACCCCUUCAGGAUCACAGACAACAUGAUCUGUGCUGGCUCCAGGACUGGCGGGAGAGACUCCUGUCAGGGUGAUUCAGGAGGACCUCUUGUCUGCAACGGUAAAUUUGAAGGCAUUGUAUCUUGGGGCAUCGGCUGUGCGAUUUCGUACUACCCUGGUGUCUACACCAAGGUCAGAAACUACAUCGGAUGGAUCAAUUGGGCUAUUGAGAAUAGCUAAUAAUAAUUUUUACCACAAGCUAACAGAAGAUUCUGCCUUGAUGAAUAGAAACUUGAAUGGAUCCUCAAAAACCUAAAAUGCUAUGUUUAUCUUUUAUAUUAAGAUUUAUAUAUAUAGAUAUAUAGAUAUAUAUAUAAAUAUGGAUACAUUUGUUAAAGCUAAACCUGUAACCUACACGUGACCUAUGUGUGAACCUUUCACACACAGACUUUAUUCUCAUUGACUGAAUAUUACCUGAAGACUUCCAUUAUUAUAAAUAAUUAACCAUGUUUUUGCAAAUUUCAUCUAUUAAAAACACUU